AUGAGCAAUUUACUUUUCCAUAAUUUUGAUAAGAAUAGCGAAGAUAUUGAAGAUUUUAAUUCUACUGCUUCCAAUAUUAUUUCUAUCCGUGAUAAUGGAUCAAUUAAAGAUGGGAAUGGUUCAGAAACUGAUACUAUUAAUCAAUACAAUGAACAAGAAUUGUUGAACCAAUUAAAAGAUGAGCAUUAUACUUCUGAUAGUCCUAUCGAACAUGUGACUCAGUCAUAUGGUGAUCAAGAAGGAGAUAUCGACCAAGAUUCAGAACAACAUUAUGAACAUGCAUGUGCUUAUUGUGGAAUCCAUAAUCCUAAUUCUGUCAUUAAAUGUAACACAUGUAAUAAAUGGUUUUGUAAUGCCAAAACAAAUUCUUCAAGUUCACAUAUUGUUACUCAUUUAAUCAUGUCUCGUCAUAAUCAAGUGAGUCUUCAUGAAGAAUCGGAAUUGGGAGAUACAACUUUAGAAUGUUAUAAUUGUGGUAAUAAAAAUGUUUUCAUUUUAGGAUUUGUUAGUGCUAAACAAGAAUCAGUUGUUGUGAUAUUAUGUCGUUUACCAUGUGCUCGAUCCAAAGAUGUCAAUUGGGAUACUAGUGAAUGGCAAGCAUUAAUUGAAGAUAGACAAUUUUUGUCAUGGUUGGCCCCUCCUCCAACUGAAGAUGAUUUAAUUGAAGCAAAGUUAAUUACACCACAACAAAUCUCUAAAUUAGAAGCUCAAUGGAGAUUAAACCGUGCUGCAACAAUUAAUGACAUUGAAAAUAAUGAUGAAACAGAACAAGAAGUUUUACCAAUUUUGAUGAGAUAUAAUGAUGCCUUUCAAUAUCAAAGAUCAUUUGGACCAUUAGUUAAAUUAGAAGGUGAUUAUGACAAAAAUUUGAAAGAAUCACAAGCAUUGGAACAUAUUCAAGUUAAAUGGGCAUUAGGAUUAAACAAUAGACAUUUAGCUUCCUUUACAUUAUCAACUUUUGAAACUAGUGAUUUAAAAGUAGCAGUAGGUGAUGAAAUCAUAUUGAGAUAUAGUGGGAAUCAAGGUGAACCAUGGGAAGGUCAUGGAUAUAUUUUAAGAUUACCCAAUGCUUAUCAAGAAGAAUUUACUUUAGAAUUAAAUCCAUCGAAAAUCAUUCCACCAACUAAUUUAACAACUGAUUUUACUGCAGAAUUUGUUUGGAAAGGUACUUCAUAUACAAGAAUGCAACAAGCAAUGAAAGAUUUUGCUACUGAUGAAGAAUCAGUUUCAUCUUUUAUUUAUCAUAAAUUAUUAGGUCAUGAAGUUUUACCAAUUGAAUUUGAUAUUGAUUUACCGAAAAAAUUUUCUCAUCCAAAAUUAACUGAAUUAAAUGUUUCUCAAACUAAUGCUGUUAGAACUGUUUUACAAAGACCAUUAUCAUUAAUUCAAGGUCCACCAGGGACUGGUAAAACUGUGACUUCAGCCACAAUUAUUUAUCAUUUAUCAAAAUUAAAUAAACAAAAAAUUUUGGUUUGUGCUCCUUCUAAUGUUGCUGUUGAUCAUUUGGCUGCUAAAUUAGAUUUAUUAGGAUUAAAAGUAGUUCGAUUAACUGCGAAAUCUCGUGAAGAUGUUGAAAGUUCAGUGAGUCAUUUAGCAUUACAUAAUUUGGUCAAUAAUAAUGCCAAAGGGGAAUUGAAAAAAUUAAUUAAAUUGAAAAAUCAAGUUGGAGAAUUAUCUGUUGGUGAUACUAAUAAUUAUUUGAAACUUUCUAGAUCUUCAGAAUUGAAAAUUUUAAAUAAAUCUGAAGUUGUUUGUUGUACAUGUGUUGGAGCAGCUGAUAGAAGAUUAAGUCAAUUUAAAUUUAAAACAGUUUUAAUUGAUGAAAGUACUCAAGCUUCUGAACCAGAAGUAUUGAUUCCAAUUGUUAAAGGUGCUAAACAAGUAAUUUUAGUAGGUGAUCAUCAACAAUUGGGUCCAGUUAUUUUGGAUAAAAAAGCUGCUGAUGCUGGAUUGAAACAAUCAUUAUUUGAAAGAUUGGUAUUUUUAGGACAUGUUCCUAUUAGAUUGGAAGUUCAAUAUAGAAUGCAUCCAUGUUUAUCUGAAUUUCCUAGUAAUAUGUUUUAUGAAGGAUCAUUACAAAAUGGAGUCACUAGUGAUGAUAGAUUAAUUGAAGAAUCAACAUUCCCUUGGCCAGUUAUUGAUACUCCCAUGAUGUUUUGGGCCAAUUAUGGACGUGAAGAAUUGAGUGCUAGUGGUAAUUCAUAUUUGAAUCGAGUGGAAGCCAUGAAUGUUGAAAAAAUCAUUACUAAAUUAUUUAAAGAUGGAAUUAAACCGGAACAAAUUGGGGUUAUAACACCUUAUGAAGGUCAAAGAGCAUAUUUGGUUCAAUUUAUGCUGGUUAAUUCAACAUUAUUGGAUAAACGUGAUCAAUAUCUUAAUGUAGAAAUCACUAGUGUUGAUGCAUUCCAAGGUCGAGAAAAAGAUUUUAUUAUUUUAAGUUGUGUUCGUGCUAAUGAUUCUCAAAGUAUUGGGUUUUUAAGUGAUCCAAGAAGAUUAAAUGUCGCUUUAACAAGAGCAAAAUAUGGGUUAGUGAUUUUAGGAAAUCCUCGAUCAUUGUGUCGUAAUAGAUUAUGGAAUCAUUUAUUGAUUCAUUUCCGUGAAAAAGGGUGUCUUGUUGAUGGUCCAUUAGAUAAUUUACAAUUAUCAAUGGUACAAUUGAAUACCAACAACAUGAGAUCAACCACUUCAAGUAACAACAAUAAUUACUACAAUGGUCGUCAACGAAAAGGUAAAUUUGGAGCUGCUUCUACAGUUGAUUCAGUGACUGAUUUUGAUAGUGCCAGUAUUUUAUCUUAUGACAAUAGUGCCAUUGUUCAUAAAAGUGGUCAUAAUGGUAAUAGUAAUGUCAAUUUAAAAGAAGAAAUGUGGCCUGCUUUAAAUGGUAAACAACAAGUUUUCGAUGGUGAUAACAAUUUGACUGCAAAUUUCUAUAAUAAAUUAAACAAAAUCGAUAAGAAUUAUGGUGGUGGAAGAUAUAAUACUGGUGGUAAUAAUAUUGAAGAUGAUAUUAAAAGUAUUACUAGUACAUUUGCUGCUGGAUUGAAUUUUUAA